CCGCCCGGCUCUCCCAGCCCAUGGCGUCGCCGGUCGUGGGGCCGUGCCCCCCCCGCCCGCUGCCACCCUCCGUGCCCGCUUCCAUGCGGCGCCGGCGGCCGCCGCCCGGUCCCCCCGUCCCCCCCGAGGCGACGACCGGUCGGUCCCCGGGGAGCCCCGGCGGGGCCAGGGCGGUGAGGCUGCGGCGGCGGCUGCGGCGGCGCGGCGGAACCCCGCGGCUGCUGCCCGACGUGCGGAGCAUCUUCACGGUACCGGGGGAAACGGCGGAGCGCGGCCGCGGUCACCGCUUCGUCCUCCGUCCCCCGCCCCGCGGCUGGUGCGACCUGUGCGGUGAGGCGGUGCGGGAGCGGGCCCUGCGCUGCGACUAUUGCAGAUACACGUGCCACCAGGAGUGCCGCAGCCUUAUCCAGCUGGACUGCCGCCGGCCGGGCCAGUGCCAGAGCCAGCUCUCGCCCGAGAGCACCCUCCUGCCGCCCUGCACCCAGAAUGUAACACAAACAGUAGAAGAAGAAAAACCUGAGCCUCCGACCAUCCAGGAGAUCAAACAGAAAAUUGAAAAAUACAAUGCAAAAGUUACCAACUGCUUGUUGAUGAAGCUGAACGACGAUGGGACGUACACAGGUUUCAUUAAAGUGCAUUUGAAACUGCGCCGCCCCGUGACGGUACCGGCAGGGAUCCGGCCGCAGUCCAUCUACGAUGCCCUCAAGGAGGUGAACCUGGCUGAUAUGACAGACAAGAGAACCUCGUUCUACUUGCCGCUGGAUGCCAUCAAGCAGCUCCACAUCAGCAGCACGACCACGGUGAGCGAGGUGAUCCAGGGGCUCCUGAAGAAAUUCAUGGUGGUGGAUAAUCCUCAGAAGUUUGCACUUUUCAAGGAGAUGCGGAAAGAUGGGCAAGUGCUCUUCCAGAAGCUCCCUCUCACCGAGUACCCCCUGUACCUCCGGCUGCUGGCAGGUCCCGACACAGAUGUGCUCAGUUUCGUGCUGAAGGAAAAUGAAACAGGGGAAGUUGAGUGGGACGCAUUCUCCAUCCCAGAGCUACAGAACUUCUUGAUGAUACUGGACAAAGAAGAAAAGGACAAAAUCCAGCAAGUGCAAAGGAAGUAUGAGAAGUUUAAACAGAGACUGCAACAGACCUUGAAAGAAGCCAGAGGCAAGCCUGGAUAACCCUUCAGGAGGCACUGGGCAUCAGACUAAGCUAGAUAUUAUUUUUAAAAUGAAAAGACACUUCUCAGGACACCUUAUAGUAGUCACUCUCCCUCUUCAUCCUUCCAUUAAGGACUGGCUCACAGCACCCAUAAAAUGAGCGUAUUGCAUUUUCUUCUUCUGAAACCUCUUAUCCCAGGACCAGAGCCAGUCAAAGAACAGGAAGCCUGUUUUAAAACUGUGCCUGUCAACAAACCAAACACAGCUGCUGGUUUGCUUUUCAGCUGUACCAUCAGAUGGAGAAGCUUCAUGGAAAAUGCUUGGUGUUAAGCCCAACAGGAACAUCUACUGGCUAAUGUUUUGAGCAGGGUAACACUUGCUGUUCACACUCCUCCCAGCAACUUGCUUGUUCUUGUUUGGAGGUGCUGCGGCUCAUUGCGUGAGCCCACGUGGCCGAGUUCUCGUUUCAUAAGUAGAGCACAGGAAGCAGCAGAUAAAAAGUGGAGGAGGUUGUUGCACCAAACCACGUGGGUGUUGCAGCUGUAAGCAGUGCCGGACAGACUUGUUCAGGGCUAAGAUAGCCAGGGCAAUGUCAAGUUAUGACACCAAGGCAGCUGCAACACCCAAACAGUCUGUUAGUAAGUAUUACUGAAACUUGGUAAUAUUAAUUCCAGGAGAAGUCAUCCAUUUUGAUUCUAUUUAACUUCCAAUUUUGAAAACAGAUACCCCUGAUGCUUAGCUGAGCCAGUGUUUUACCACUUUUUCUGCUCUAUAGGAAUUGGGACCUAUGUUUUAAGAAAUUCUGUUUGAAAAGUGUAAAGAUGAUGGUUGGGGCACAGGCCAAUGGUUCGAUAUUGAACGUUUAGCAAUACAUAUCCAACAGAUGAACGCAGGAAAACUCAAAAUCCCUUUCACAACUCAAACUGAUUUUGAGCUAUGAACGGGUCUGGCACUGAGGGAGAGGAGCUCCAACCAGGGCCAGGGUGUGGAGGUGGCACCGCAGGCUGCCUGUGUGGGAAAGCCUUAGCACCAGGAAGAGUAAGGUAACUAUUAGCCUCAGAUGCUUUCCGCCCACCACUCUCUCAUGCUGUGCUUCCUCUGCUAACCCUCCUUGCACUGCUUUCCUACUGCUCCUGUCCAUGACACGCCAUUCUCUCCUGCCCUGUGCCACUCUGUACAUGUCAUGUUCUCCUUCCCUCCCUCCCCACUCACAAUCGGUGCUCUGCCUCCUUGUCCGGGAUGGUCACCAGGUUUUGCUCUCUACAUGGAGCUAGGAGAGGACAGAAGUCUCUCUCCCUCUCUCAGGGCUCCCACCGUCUCCAAUGCAUGCACUGCGCAUCCUUCAUAAAAAUCCUUGAGCUGGAGCCUCGGUUACUGCCAUAACCCUAACCAGAGACCCUGAUCUUGCUGAUGCCAUGCAGUGAUCACUGAAGGCUCCAGGGAUGCCAGUCUGAGAGAGGAUGGUCCCCAUGUUUACUCUCAGUGCUUUGUACCAAGCACGCUGCACACAGCCAGGUUCAAGUCUUCCCUCUGUUUACACAGGGCACCACAACAAAGCAUAAAGAGAAAACGGAACAUUAAUACUAGCCAGAUUCCGAUGGAGCAUGUGAAAGGGUUUCAUAUUGACUUGAUGAACAAGUGGCCCUUUGAGCUCACUGUAGACUGCUGUGAUCCCACCUGCGUGAAGUGGGAAGGGAGGCAACAGGUUAUUGGGUAACAGUUACCACAGAGACAAUGUGGAAGAGUCUAAAAUUUACCUCAGUGCCUUUUUUUUUUUUUCCUUAGGUGUGAAAACUUUGCAUUUUGGGCUAAGGAGGAAGUUGGAAGGGGCUUUUGUCGAGAGGCCUUGUCAGUCCUGUCCCCCUAGUUACCUAAAGUACUGUUGUGAUGAGGCUGCUUUUGUCCAUAGAGGGACGAGGAACUGUUUUGUUUCUUUCUUGAAGGUGACUGCUUGGGAUUUUUUUUUUUUUUUUCCAGAUUUGUACUUGAGUAUGUUUGUUUAUAAACCGUAAGAGAGUAACAGCAUCACUUAAAGCCCCUUGGUUUGUAUAAAUGCCACUUUCUGCAAGCUUAGUUCCAGCUCAUGGUUUAGUCAGUAGUAUAAAAGGGUUUGCUAACAGGGCUAUGGCCUCUGGCACGCGGUGCAGGACGGGCCUCCCAGCUGUACUGUACUCUACACCCAGAUGACCUUUAACAAUGUGGCAGCAGCCCAAAUAGAGCAACAAUUUUCAUGCUCUGGGGCUGUUUGUCCAUUUACAAGAAUACUUAUUACUUCACCAUGCACUUGUGAAGUAAUUUAAAUAACAUUUAUCUAGUGCUUUGAGUCUUGAAAGCACUGUAUAAAUACUUCUGUUCAGUCAAGAGGAAGAACACUGUAAAAACUGCCAUUGGUUCUGAGAAGUAAGAUCCAGAUACUUGUUUUUAAAUCCCUUAUCUUUCUGGCUAAAAGUUGUAAAGAUUUCUUUUUUCUUGUUGUUUUCUACUAGAGUUUUGGUGACUGUCUCCCUCUCCCUUCCUGGAACCCAGCAUGUCUUUGACAUUUUGUAGAAGGCAUGGCUUCUUAUGCAAUUACCGUGAAUGCUGCUGAAAACCUCCUGCAAAGAGGAGGGCUGUUUCUUUUGUUUUGAGGCGAUAUGGGGCAUUUGAAGAAUUGGUAGAUCUUGAAACUCAAAUUCUCAAUGGUCAGUUGAGCUGUGGCUAGGAUAGAAGUAUUGGCCCCUUCCUUAAGCGCAAAAUACUGUUGGCAGUGCCUUUGGUUAGUAUAUUGUCUUGCCUAGUUCGUGUGAAUUUAUUUUUCACGUCUAUUGUAAAACAUGUAAAAUAAUGUGUAUAGAAUGGAAUAGUAAAGCUUCUAUGGCAAAGUGAAAUGCAUUUUUGCAAUGCUGUAAUUUAUUUUUACUACUCCCCAGUAAUUCUAUGGCAUUUUUAAAAAAUGUCUCACUUCUUCCAGCUUUUUUGAAGGUUCUGAAACUACUUGUUCAUAUGCAGACAGUGUAAAAAAGACAACGAUAAUAAAACUGUCAGUAAAGAAAUCUCUUUAA